GGACCAGAGCAGAGAGGAGGAGAGAGAGGAGGAGAGGAGGAAGGAGAGGAGGAGAGGAGAGAAGAGGAGAGAAGAGGAGUAAACACGCUCCAGAUGGGAUCUUGGCAUUAAUCCGAGGGGAGUGAUGAAGCUCCGCUGACCUCUGCAGGGGGAAUACGACAAGCUGUGAAAUCAUGAGUGCGCCAACGACAGGAAGCCCAAAUAUGGAGGUGGCGGUGGUCUCCCAGGAGAUGGCCCUGCUUAGCAACUUACUGGCAGCUUACACCUUCAUUGCAGACCAGCCCGAGAGGACAGCGUUGGUGUUUCUGGGCGGUGUCUGCGUCGGCCUUCUUGUCACGCUCUGCGCCAUUGUCUUCCAGAUACACUGUCGAGCAGACUGCCGCUAUGGCAACAGUAAAAACGCUAACCCUCACCACCGCCACAGGAACAGGCAUCACCACCAUCGCCAUCACGGCUGUCCCGUCCAUCAGGCCAUCGACAGUAAUCCAGACAGCACUGCUGUUGUUACCUCGGGAGGGACCGGGCCUGCGGGGGACAGCGAAUCAGAGGAGUGGGAUGACACGUCUGACCUGUCGGCACGGAGACGCAGGCGCUUCGAGAGAGCUCUGCUGAACGCCACCAUGUUUACAUCAGCUGAGGAGCUGGACCGGGCCCAGCGGCUAGAAGAACGCGAAAGGAUCCUCCGUGAGAUCUGGAUGAACGGACAGCCAGACAUCAGUACAGUCACUCAGAGCCUCAACAGAUAUUACUGACAUGUGAUCAGUCAGGCAGAUGAUCAGAGGGACAUGAAGAUGAAACAGGCGAAUAAAUAGAUAAACAAAAGAGAGGGAGAAAAAGGAGAAAAAAAAAAAAACACUGGAUGAAAGGAACAUAAACCAUGGGCUCGGGGGCGCCGUCUGCACCGCACCAAAGAGACGUUUACAGAUCAAAUUAAUACUGACAAUUCUCCUGGAUCGGUCCUCCCUCGGUGUGUAAACAACAAGGAGAACAUACGAGUUGGCUGAUGCUGACGGCGCAGCAUUCAACACAGGAUGACGCCGGACUGUUUGCGAGAGGAACGUCCACGUGCUCCAAAGAGCCAACAAGUGAGAACGCAAAGGACCUGCAGAGCAGAACACUGCGAUAUGUAACGUGUGUGUAAAGUUGUUGUUGGUAGGACAGUCUACAAGGGAUUUCAAACUUUUUAAAUCUUAAACAGGUGCUUUUUAGAGAAACGAGAAACAUUGUGCUGCAGAUGCUCAUGACGUGUGGGUUCAAAUAUUGGUGUUGUUGCACUUUCCUCACCCCCUUUUUUUUAACAUGUGAAACUGAUGUAAUUGAGUAGUAAGAAGAAAACAUGAAUCAUACAAAAGAAUGAGGAAGAGAGAGACAUUCACUCUUUAAACAUAUUGGUGCUUUUACUGCUGUAAUUCUGCAUCCCCGGAUAAAGUGAAUGCACUUUUAGCGAGGACACAAAAUGGCGGUGAUGGUUAAUCAAAUAUGUCUCUUGUAAAGGGUAACUCCACCAAUUUGUCCCCUUAAAAGUGUGUUUACAAGUCUUGGGGAGUGAUACUGCAUGUGUGAAAAAGUAACAUCGAGCCUUUGGUGAAAUAAAAUGCCUUCAGUGAUGUCAUGCAGUGGCUAAAAUGCAUUCUGGGUAAUGUAGGCACCAGGUUUGAAAAGCAGUGCAGCAGACAGCAUUCAUCUUCCCCUUUCAAGACCCGGCUUUAAAAAUUGUUGGUGUUACCCUUUAAGUUGACAGGUCUGUUGGUUUCAUCUGCAGGCUGGAAGCUCAUCAGCUGCAGGUGUUGUCGCACAUCAGGACGGCAUGUCAUCAUGUCUGACAGGAUCAUGCUGCCUUUCUUUAUUUGGCUCAGGUUUUGAGCUGAGAGAAAAAAAAAUAAACUUUUGUUUUCUGUACAUAUGAA